UGCUUAGCUCAGCUCUCCCCUCGUCGUCGUUCCAACCAAUAUAUAAACCAUCGACCACCCUAUGGAUCGAUCAACGUCGCAGCCAGUAGGAAUAUAGCUAGCAUAUCCUGUCGUUCUUCUCCUUCCACACCUAACGAACAAGCAAGCAAACAAAACAAACAGAGCGUUUACUUGUCAGGGUCUCGCUCGCCAAGUCCUCCAUCGACCUCCCUCUCCCUCUCACAUCUUCGCCGCCCUGAGCGCCCUCGUGCGGAUCCUCCUGAUUGAAAUGGCGUCCCCGUCGUCCGCCAAGACGACGACGUCCGCUCUGCCCAGGCUCCGGGACCUCAUCGAGCACGACGAAGACGAUGACUUCGUCGAGGAGGAGGAGGAAUACGACGACGAUGAGGACGACUGGGACAUGAGCAAGCGCAUGUCCCGCCUCACCGUGGAAGGCUCCGACGGCGGCGACGCCGACGACGAGGACGACGGAGGCGGCGACGACGAAGACGACGAGGCGCGCUCUGACGGCGUCGCCAACGACGGUAAUAAGUACGGGGUCAGCAGUCAACGGCCAUGGCACCCGUUCGAGGAGGAGCCGCUCCAGGCCCCGUCGUCGGCGUCGCUCCCGGGCACGCCAGAGCGAGCGGCGCACCAGUCCCCGUGGCCGCGCUACUCCUCCAAGGACUACGCGAGCGAGACGGAGGCCGCGGGGGCGCCGUGGUGGGCCGGCCCGGCCCACCACCACGACAAGCGGCGGCGGCAGCGGAUGAUGCGGGAGGUGUGGCUGGACCGCGCGUGGCAGCUGCGGAAGCAGCGGCGGCAGCUCAUGGCCGGCGACGAGCUCACCACGACGGUCGUGGUCGGCAAUUCCUCCCCUGCGCGGGGCGGCGUGGCCAUGGACCUGGAGGAGGUGCGCGCGUGCAAGGACCUCGGCUUCGACCUGCCCUGCGACUGGACGGUGGAGAUCCCCUGCGGCUACGUCGACACCGCCAGCAGCGGCGCCAACUCGCCGGCCUCCGGCAGCUGGCGCAUCUCCAGCCCCGGGGAUGACCCCAAGGACGUGAAGGCUAGGCUCAAGGUGUGGGCUCAGGCAGUGGCGCUGACAUCUGCCUCUCGGCUCGGCUCUUGAUCGAUCCAGGGAAGGCGAUGGCAUAUACUGUAUGAUCAGUUCCGGAGUACGGAUCACCACAAUUUUCCUUCCUUUCCUUUAAAUAACCUGGUCCCGGGGGUCAGAGAAAACAUUCAUACUGCCGUCGCGCGAAUGUCCAAAAACAAGCAUUAAUUAAUUGUGUUCAUAGUGUUAGCAUUCCAGAAAAGAAAAAAAAAUAUACACAUGGUUUGGUUGGAUAGCUGUAGCUGUGUAGGGUUGCAUGAGUCUGUGGUUUGGCCUUUUUUACAGGCUGCACGUGCCGUCCGGUGUGGCACGUGUGGCUGUUGUGUGGAUCGUUCGUUUUUUUUGCCGUGGCCGGCCCGGCCGACAAGGUGCGGGCCACCGGCGAUACGAAUGUGCGUUUGCCAGGCAUGAUUGCAAGAGUGCAGAUGAAGAAAACAAGAAGGAAAAAAAAACUGAGGUCGUCAUUCAUGGAGAGAAAAAAGAGGAAAUAUGUAAAGCAUCGUGCAAAAAGUUUCUAGAAGAAUGUCAUGGAACACCUGCAGUCAUGUAUGUCUACUAGUUUGUAUGUUUUUUCCCUUUCAAGCUCAUAUGUAUUAUGCCAGUUAGACGGACUAAGUUCUUGUUUUUUACAAAUGUAAAAUGCAGACUAAUAUUAACUUGUUUCCUGUCUACUAGAAUGAAAAAAACUGAUCAUUUCAAA